AGUUCUUUGGAGAACAUUAGUUAAAAAUUGGUGUAAAGCGGUUAUCCAAACAAGGUUGAAUUACUCGCUUUCCUUGAAACAUCUGUUAUAGCGCUAUCUUAGCGAUACCAUCUGUUGGGUUGUAAAAAACACACAACACACACAAAGUGCCACGAUGACGAACCAGAAACCGACUGCCACAUGCCGGCUAAAACAGGACUAUAUGCGUUUGAAGAGAGAUCCAGUACCGUACAUAACAGCUGAACCAUUACCGUCGAAUAUCCUCGAAUGGCACUAUGUGAUCAAGGGACCGGAAGAUUCGCUAUAUUACGGUGGAUACUACCACGGGACGCUGCUUUUCACCAAGGAGUUCCCGUUCAAACCACCGUCCAUCUACAUGACUACCCCGAAUGGACGGUUCAAAACGAACAAACGACUUUGUCUGAGCAUAUCGGACUUCCAUCCCGACACCUGGAACCCUGCAUGGUCUGUGGCUACCAUCUUGACCGGUUUGUUGAGCUUUAUGCUCGAAACGACGCCCACGAUGGGCUCGUGCGAGACGACGCCGUACGAAAAACGCCGCUACGCUCAGCAGUCGCUGGAGUUUAACAUGAAAAACGAAGUGUUUCAGGAACUGUUCCCCGAGAUCUGCGAGGAGAUCAACGAGAGGUUGCAGAAGAUCGAAGAGCAACGCAAACAGGCUGCCGCAACCGCCGAAGACGGUAGCAACGGUAAGGAAUCCACCUCGGGCGACACGGAAACGACGGACGGUGGCGUAUUUGUGGCCGGCCGUUCCGGUGCGGAUGAUAGCAACAUUUGGCAUUCGUUGUACACCAAUCUGAUAGUGCUCGUGGGUUUCGUCGUGUUUGCGCUAAUAGUGCAUUACGUUAUUAAAAGCAUGAACAUUUAAUAAUGGUCAACUGGUUCGCAAGAAAUGCUGCGCGUAAUGCGUACACGAUUCGAGGUGCGUUUGUUGCGUCAAACGUUGAGCUUGGUUCUAGCUUACCUUACAUCGGGAAGAACCUUCCUUCUUCAGCAAAUAAUCCUCCAAGAGGAAUGUCUAGUUUACAAAAUCUUAUCGUAAAAAAUAAUAAAAGAAUCGACAACCAAUAAAUGCCGGAAAGAGAUACGGUGGCGCUUGGGAUGUUAUGCAAGAUGAAGUAACAUCGUUUUGCAUCUCACGGCCACUAAAACCCAUAUACCAAAUUUGCAUGUUAGAAGAAGGUAAUAUCAGUUUAAAGAAAAUCCUAAGCGUUAAAAGCAAAGAGUAAACGUAGGGACUACAAUUCUGGGAAAAUUCCCGCGCUAAGCAGAAAGCGUAACGCUCCUGAAGAAAUCAUAAUCAAUUGCAAUUGCGGAGAAAUGUUAAGAGCAACAGGGGAAGAUACAGCAAGAAAGGUGCUGCCGAUGCAUGCUGUAGGGUUUGUAACAUAUACAUAAUUUUAUCAUGGUUUUUAUUCUUCUUUGUUGCCCGAUGCCAUUCGUUGCCUCUGCCCGUUCAACGACGCUGCGUUGGGUUGAAUUCGUCGUAAUGGAUUAUACAACUAUCUAAUGUAUGAAUAUACACAUAUAAAAAUAAUAUAUCGUUGCAACAAUAGAACGCAAUUGUAACGAACUAAAGGGAAAUAGUGGUACGAGAGGGGUUUGGUGCGGCUGUGCUCAUUAAGAAAACGAAAAGCUCUAAUAAAGUAUUGCAUCGAUUGAACGUUCGAUCGCUACGGACAUCAUGAAGAGUUGAUCAAUGCUAAAGCAAACAUUGUCACAUACAUAUAAUCAGCCUACGAAGUAAUUAAACUUCUCAGAAGCACAAUGCAUUGUAAAAUUCUUUACAGCCGUUGAUAGAAAAACGAUUUCAAUCAACCACAUGUCGCUUAAAACCAUGAAACCAUCAUGGCUUAGAAAAAAAGAAGUAAAAAGGGACAGCACGGAUGAAAAUUUUGCAUUUUGGAAAUUCCCAAAGGAAAAUGUUUACUUUUCAUCAUUAUUCAGUAUUUAUUUCCAGCCGUAAAU